AUGGAUCAUCAAGAGACUAGUGUGAAAAUGGAGGGAGUUGUUGCCGGUAGAAGCUUAAUUGAUUUAGUCUUCUCUUGGUCUAUGGAGGAUGUUCUCAACAGAAAUCUUUGCAAAAACCAGGUGACGAAAAUUCCUGAGACAUUUUCGACCGUGACGAGUUACAUGAAAACGUUCAUUCCUUCACUUGUUGAGGAAACACAUGCUGAUUUACUCUCAAGCAUAGAGACUCUGUCACAGGAACACCCGGGGCAUUGGUGUUGCACAGUUCACUCCCUUGCGAGUAAAAAGACCUCAACAGCUACUUGUGAAAUUCUGGCUGUUAUAACUUCUAAGGGUCAUAACCCUCCCAAGGACUUGUUUUACGAUAUUAUAAUUAAUGGCAAGGGAGAAGCUGAAAAUCAUGCAGGAAAAUAUGAGCCGCAGGCUGGAGAUAUUAUUGCCUUGACUGAUAUCAGACCAAAAUGCACUGAUCAUUUAAAAGGGCCCGGAGAUUCAUAUCUCAUUGCGUAUGUUCUUCGAGGCAGAGAUAAUCAGUUCUCAAUACUCUCAUCAAAGCCUAUCAAUAAAGGAAAAGAAAGACUUCUUGCUGUCUAUCUAAUCAACAUGACAACAAGCGUUCGCGUAUGGAGUGCUUUGAACUCAGAAAGGGCAAGCACAGGUUUAAUUAAGAAUGUGCUGCAGGGUGGGAACUCUUGUGCAAUUUGCAUUUCUAAAGAAAAAUGCUCCCCUGCCCUUUCUACUAAAUGGCCCUCAAUGUUCUCUGAUCUCAAUGAUUCCCAACAAGCUGCAGUUUUGAACUGUAUCAGUUUGAGUAAAUGUACUCACCAUAAUGCCAUCAACCUAAUAUGGGGUCCUCCUGGGACUGGAAAAACCGACACAGUUGCUAUGUCACUCUUUGCCCUCUUGAAGUUGAAGUGCAGAACGCUAACAUGUGCCCCAACGAAUAUUUCCGUGUUUCAAGUCACAGAGCGACUCCUGGGAUUGGUUAACCAGUCUCUUGAUUAUGGCAAGUAUGGAAUUGGAGAUUUAAUUCUAUUUGGGAAUGAAGAGCGAAUGAAGAUUGAUAAUUAUGAUGACCUUGUUGAGGUAUUUCUUGAUUAUCGUACUGAAAUUCUGGCCAAGUGCUUUGACCCUUUGACUGGAUGGAAACAUUGGUUGGAAUCAAUGAUAGGUUUGCUUGAGGAUCCAAAGGGAAAGCACUUGUUGUAUUUGAAAGAAAUAAGGAGAAGCAGAUACAAUUAG